AAGAUAAAUAUUAAUGACUGUAUAGAAAUAAAAUAAUUUAAAUAAUACUGAGGGUGUCAACAACUAAAGCUGUCCCAAAUAACUGCCUAGCCAGAGGAACGUCUGUCAACUCAGCACUCUACCCCUCCUCCCCCCCCCCGCAUCGUAGCGAGAUGGGACGUUCCGGAAGUUAAUCAGGCCGGUACAAACACGUGACUAGGGCGGAGAGCCGGUCCUGCACGUGUGUCCGUGACGCCAUCUCGGCGCGACUCUUCAUUUCCUUGGAGUUUUCUGACUGCACUGCCCUAGCUAUGCCGAAAGUCGUGUCCCGGUCGGUGGUCUGCUCCGACACCCGGGACCGCGAGGAAUAUGAUGACGGCGAGAAGCCUCUCCAUGUCUACUACUGUUUGUGCGGCCAGAUGGUCCUGGUGCUGGAUUGUCAGUUAGAGAAAUUGCCCAUGAGGCCUCGGGACCGGUCUCGUGUGAUUGAUGCUGCCAAACAUGCUCAUAAGUUUUGUAACACAGAAGAUGAGGAGACUACCUAUCUUCGGAGGCCUGAGGGCAUUGAACGUCAAUACAGAAAGAAGUGUGCAAAGUGCGGACUGCCGCUCUUCUACCAGUCCCAGCCGAAGAAUGCUCCCGUGACCUUCAUCGUGGAUGGAGCAGUAGUGAAAUUUGGCCAAGGCUUUGGGAAAACCAAUAUAUAUACUCAGAAGCAGGAGCCUCCUAAGAAGGUAAUUAUCAUCAAAGGGCACAGACUACUUAAUAUAGCUACACAUUUAAGGGAAGUUGCUGAUUCCUAUGCACAGAAUGCCAAAGUGAUUGAAAAACAGCUGGAGCGCAAAGGCAUGAGCAAGAGGCGACUGCAAGAGCUGGUGAGUGGCCUGGGGAGGAAGGGCGCAGGCCCCCUGGCUUGA